AUGGUAAUGAUGAAUUUGUAGUUGGUACGUCUCAGAUUCGUGGUGUCGAUGGACUCAAAAACUACAUUGUAGGAGAAAUUGAUACUGCUCGAUUUGGCCUCUAUAAAAAUAGCGUACAUCCAAAAAAUCUUAUGAAUACGAAGAAGGCAAUUCUUAAUUAUUUUAAUUCUGAAAAAGAUGAUAAUCUAAUGCGAUAUAGUCUUUCUCCUCCAGAAUCCAUCACCGCUUUGAACGAAAUAUUAGAAUUAAGAGAACAACUCGCCUCAUUGCAGGCAUUACUCAAUAAGUCUGAAUAUGAGUUCGAUGUCAUCAUUAGUCUGAAGCGAACGAAUGGAUUCAAGUGGAUCGUAAACAUAGAAGAAGCGACCCUUAAAGGGCUCAAAAAUUCUAUAUAUGAAAUGAACCUCAGGUUGCCAACCCUUGAAAAUGACGGUGCAGUGCUAAAUUUUAUGUAUAAAGUAAAGAGAUACUCGUCUCAGAAUGAUCAAGACUUCAGCAAAAUGCUCUGGCAGUUCACAUUCUCAAAAAUGCGUCAGCUCUACGGAUUCAGAGAAUCGGAUGACCCAUUAUUAUCAGUAUUCCCACUUUUCACUUGCGGGUGCAAAGAUUUAAAGGACAAACCUUCUCAGUAUGUUUGUUCGUACCUUGUCGCUGGGGUAAAUCUAUAUAAGGGAAAGUUUGAGCUUCAACCAGAAAAAAAUAUUACAAGGCCUCAUGAACACAGACCAGUCGAUUUUGCAAUAGGCCUACUCCGAACAGCAAAAACUGCUGGCGUGACAGAAGUAAAGGAUGAAGAUUUUUUUAAGGGUAUUGCUCAGAAUGCCGUUCAGCUCGAGUCAGCUUUAUCAAACUGUAAACGUAAGGUGAGCGAGAUGGAGGAAGAUAAUACGUUCGUGGAUAAGGUAUUCAGAAUUGUCACAGAUGCGGAAAAAUGGUAUUUUUUGGAAUGUUCACUCAAUAAUCAAGACAAGCUAAGAUUCAAACUAUCAGAGCCGGUGGUCAUUGUAUAUAAGGACGAGAAUAUGGAAAAUAUGGUUAGGAAAGUUCUCGGGCAUAUUGCAUGGUUGUUGGAGGAGGUGCAAAAGUCAGACUUAGCUCUUGAUACAGUAAAAGGAAACCACAAGCUCUUAUUGGAUGAAGAUAUGGGUAUGAAAGACAUGACAGAAAUGUUGGAGAAGUGUAGAUUAUUAUUACUGUAUGCGUAUUUUAAUAAUUUACGUGGACUAAACUGA